AUGGGAUUGAUGACCUCGGUUUCACAUCUUUGUCUUGAGGGGAGUUGUCCUGACGCGCAUCGAACGAUCUUUCUGUUGACGAGUCGCAACAUGAACAAUCACAACGAAGCCAACAACGUCUCGGGAGCUUCUUUCUAUUCCUUCAACAAUUCUCUUUCAGCAAACCGUUUGAAAAGUGCCAAUCUCUUGGUUUCUCCGAUCAUCGGUACGCCUACACAGGCCAUGGCAGUUGUCGAUGCACAGCAAAGAGUUCCAGCCGCUGCAAAGGCUACGAAUGAUGGUCCUGUUGGUCGUCGGCGAAAGAAGAAAUCUCCUCCAGCGACUGCUGGAAAGACUACUUUGAAGAAACGACGCAAAGGGCGACAGGUUUGGACGACUACGGAGGACCUCGCACUUCGUCGUCUCGUCGAAGGCCAUAAUUUUGAUGACCCCAGCAUGAAAAGCCAUUGGCAACAAAUCGCCGAGACCCUCAAGAGUGGUCGCAACGGGAAGCAGUGUCGUGAUCGCUAUCAGAAUCAUCUGCGACCUGAAAUCAAAAAGGGGAAGUGGACUCACGAGGAAGAGCACAUGAUACGGGAAAUGCACAAAUCGUUCGGCACAAAAUGGUCGUGUAUGGCAAAGCUCAUGAAGAACCGAACGGACAAUGAUAUCAAGAACAAGUGGUACUCCAUGAUGAGAAAGGAAAAGAAAGCACAGGAAAAGCUCGACAAAACGCUCAACAAAACGCAAUCGAUGCUCGAAAAUGAGACUAUCUACGACAAUAUGUCCUACGAAGACUUGUCCCGCAUGGCUACACAACCCGGAGCAAACGAUGCAGGCAUUCUGCCAAGCUUUCAGCAAGAAGCGUUCAACGGCACAGAUGCGCCUCCAUCGGCAUAUUACAGCACCCAGCUCCAAGCCGGAGACCAAGGAUCUUUUGCAGUACUUUCUGCCGCCGCUGCUAGUCGCCCCAUGAUCCCUUGUAUUGGAGUUCCCAUGGUCGGUGGUGCCCAACCGACUCAGUACUCGGCAACCAUGGGGAUGGCGGCUGCCCCAGGUUUGUACAUGGAUGCCUUGGGACCCAGCCCAAUCCGCUUUUUUGGUGUGCCCAACCCUGCUGGUGGUGGUAUGGGAUCUGGUGCAAACUGGCAGCACGGAUCCAAAAUGCCGACACUGUCACAACCCAGCAGCGAGGAGGAUGUAUUCAUGGCAUCUGACAAAGGUGAUGACUCACCAUUGGUUCCAGCGUUGGGAAAUCGUGGAUCCACCGCCCCCACUCUUUGGAAUGACAUGCCUUUCACGAAGCACUCUUCAGUUUGA